GUCUCUAGUGUUUUACUUAUCUUCUACAGUUUGAAGUUGCGCAGUCGCAAGAAUUUGAAUUGAAGAAGCGAACGCCUGCUUAUUUAGAGCUACAACAGACUUUACUCUUGCUAUAAAGGACUUCCACACAAAGUUCACCAGGAGAAGGACCCUUCGGGCCAUCAGCGAAAGGCAGCGAGUGACCCUGGACGUCAUCCAGAGGUGGGAGGUGCAGCACAUUGAAAUGCAAGGCACAACUCCUGUCACUGGUGUGCUCUACCUGGAUGGGAUGACAUCACCUGUCAUUGAUAUUGCUGACCCUGCAUAGGUUCGAAAGCAGCUGCUGGACAUGACGGAGCAGAAAUGCCACGUGUACCUCGGUGGGAUCCAGACCAUGCACUACAGAACAUUCGAAGACAAGAUGGGACUUCCAGGAAUGCUGGGCACUGUAGUAGGGGAUGUGAAACCCUUCUGUGGGAGGAAAGCCUUCAGGUUGUUGAAAAAUGAGCCAAGAAUCUUCAGGGAGACCGCAUCAAACAGUAUGCUCAACGCUAACACCUAUACAUAUGUGCUCUAGGUAGGUCUAUCUACUUCUGUCUCUGCACCGACACACGUCCUCCCUGCACGAGUGUCCUCAGCAAAGUGUCCCUGUCGUCCUCAGCUAGUGCCUGGGUUCCUGCCCUGUCCAUCGUCAUCCAUUAGCGACGGCGUUAAGGGCGGCCUCAUCUCAGCCUCAUGUCACAGCAAGCAUCCUUCAUCUCCUUACAUCAACAUUAUCUCAACACCGACCGGACAAGACAUUCGCUGACUUAGGCCUCGUCCUGAUCCUCGCCCUCACCGCCAGCUCCUUUCCUUCCUCAUUGACAAACUCGCUUGCACAACAACAACUUCUUUCACCCGCUUGAUGCGAAGUGAACGAAUGCAGCACAUGGGAGAAGAGGAGAGGAUAGUUCUAUUAGACUUAUCAAUGAAAGAAGAGCUGUUCUCUUCAGCAAAGCCACCGACGCCCGCAUUAUACCGGUCAAGGCAAGAGUAUGGGAGGAGAUCACCAUCUCUUGCUGCCAGUGGUCUGGGAACGCAGAGGACUGUAAAACAGAUUAAGAAGAUUUGGGAAAACAUGAGAUCAAGGGCCAAGAAGUUUGUCAGCGACCAGAAGAAAAAUCUGUGUUGAACAGGAGGUGGUCCUCCAAGUCCAGUCGUCAAGCCAGACCCUGUAUUGGAGAAAAUCCUUGCUCUCAUCGCAGACGAGCUAGAACUGGACCCAAACCACAAUGAUAGUGACAUGGCCAACAGAUGUCACUGUCGUUGUUAUUAAUGAGAAGGGAGAGCAGUUGGAUGAGCCGAUGGCCAUGACUGAACAGCCAUCCACAGCAUGCUCAGUGCCUAUUUCACUCAUGCCUGCCAGAGGAAAUGAUAGUGCACCUGCUGCUUGCACCUCUUUUGUUGAGUCAUCGGGAACUGCAGCUUUGCUCUACAGUCCUGCCAUCCACGGCACACCUCUUCCUUUAACUUCUAAGGAUGUUCAUAGAACUGUAGUGUCAUCCUCAA